GGCUCUGAGGGUUUUUCCUGAGAGACUAUUUUGUUUGUCGUGUGUGGUUCUAAAAAUAAAGUUAGUUUCUUUUGACAAGUGGCUCCUGAUUGUGCCCAGCCAGACUGCGGCAGUGCUGCCCUGGGAGGAGCUGCGGGGGCUGAUUCCUGGGUCUUGGCUGGCAUGUGUUGCCUUAUGGAGUUGCUGGUUCUGGUCUAGCUGGGAGCCAACUCAUAACCUUACAGCCUCAGAUUCUCUAUGUGUGUACCUACCCACCUGGACAUGGUGUGGAGAUGUCUGUCCAGAGGUUAAUUUCUAACAGAACCUCCCAGCAAUCCGCAUCUAAUUCUGAUUACACCUGGGAGUAUGAGUAUUAUGAGAUUGGACCGGUUUCCUUUGAAGGACUGAAGGCUCACAAAUAUUCCAUCGUGAUUGGAUUUUGGGUUGGCCUUGCAGUCUUCGUGAUUUUCAUGUUUUUUGUGCUGACCUUGCUGACCAAGACAGGCGCCCCACACCAAGACAAUGCAGAGUCUUCAGAGAAAAGAUUCAGAAUGAACAGUUUUGUGUCAGACUUUGGGAAACCUCUGGAGCCAGACAAGGUGUUUUCUCGCCAGGGCAAUGAUGAGACCCGGUCUCUCUUUCACUGCUACAUCAAUGAAGUGGAACACUUGGACAGGGCCAAAGCCUGUCACCAGACCACAGCCAUCGACAGCGAGGUCCAACUCCGGGAAGCCAUCCAAGGAGGCAGGCAGCCAGAGGAGGAGCUGAACAGGCUCAUGAAGUUUGACAUCCCCAACUUUGUGAACACAGACCAGAGCUCCUCCUUUGGGGAGGAUGAUCUUCUGAUUUCCGAACCACCCAUUGUUCUAGAAAAUAAGCCAGUUGCCCAAUCCUCCCACAAAAACCUAGAUUAACACAUGCUCUGUGUCUUCCUGAAGAUGUGGGUUCUGUCUUUGUAUGGCAUGAUAUCUCCAUCCACCAAAAGCGUUUGUGUGUGUGUAUGUGUGUGUGAGAGAGAAGAGAGAAAGGGAGAACGCCCUAAGAAGAGAGCUGAUGUUUUGCUUUUUAACACAUUUGGGAGUUUUUUUUUAUUAUUAUUAAAGUGUUUAUUUUAAGCUAUCUCAUUUUCCUUGUUGAAAAAUUUGGCCAGAUGCCUCACAUCAGCACUCCUGAGGAUUAGCACACUGCUUUCUAAUCUGACCCUUCCACCAUUACUCUCCCUUUAGCAAGUUGCUUUUCCUCUCUGGGCUGCCACAUUUUUAGUUUUCAGGGGUUGGGUCUGGAGUAGAUGAUCUAUCCCAGCUCUAAUAUUCUGUGAAUUUAUGGCUUUGCAUCCAAGACAAGCUGAGAUAUGCAUAAAGCAGUAUAAACUAGGCACUCCUAUCUCUUAUGGAGUUCUCAAGUCUCUAUAUCUUUCAGUCAACCCUUAACUGAGUCAUGCUUUAGUCAGAGACCUUUACCAGGAUGUCAGGAGACUCACAGUCACUGUGGCCAACCUGACUGCUGGGUUGUGCUAAAACAAAUUUUCUGAGGUUCUCCAGCCACCCAUGCUUAAACCUGGGGGUAGAUCUGUUCCCCUUGGAAUGAGUACCAACUCAUGGGACCUCACAUAGCAUUUCUGUCUCAAAGAAAUGCAGGGAAGUUGUCAGCUGAGUUGGUGGAAUACCUUCUGUGUAUCUGUGUUGGCGUAUCUGUUGUCACACAGUGCUGUACCUUUGGCUUCAGAACAACACCACCACAACUAUACAUACAUGUGUGUGUGUGUAUACAUGUAAACACCUAUAUACAUAUGUAUGUAUGUAUACACAUAUACACACAUAUAUACACAAUUUUCCAUGCUGUCUGUUACUUGGCAGAUGUGUACAUGACAGCCAUCUGUCUUUGAACUGAGAUGGUCAGGGUGUUGUACAUAACAAACAGAUACCCAAGGUAGUCUGGAUUAUGUUAACAUGAGGGCAACACAGAGUUAAUUUCAUGAAGGAAUCAAAUGAACUGCUCGCAUUAGAAAACAACACCAUCAGCUGUAUGCAUGGCCAGCUGCUAAUCACUUGGUGGCAUUUUCACUGUGGAUUUAUUCACCACCUGUCUUGUUUAAGCUACAGAAUAAAUGCAUAUGACCACA